AUGAAUGUGCUUGAGAUGGAUGCCAACUUGCGAGUACGGAAAGCGGAGAUGGAGGAGGUACGAGCCCGGUUUCAAUUUAUGCAAGAUUUGAAGGCCCAGGGCUAUGACCAAGCCACCAUCGAACAAUUCCUCAACGAGCAGUUCCAGAAGGGCGAAGGUAGCAGCAACAUCCGCCAAGAGGCAGAUGACUCGGAUGACUCAGAUUCCGAAUAA